CAGGGAUCCUCUGGAGGCCAGCCUGGUGCAGAAGGGGGAACUGCCUCAACUGAUGCCUGUGGCCAGGAGACCCCAGGGAGCUGGGAGUAAAAGAUAGGACUCAAGAGGAACUGCACCCUCUCAUCCCUACCCACGAGGCCACCUAGGGACAGGUUCCCUGCAGGGCGCCAGGUCCCACGGAUGGGGUGACAGGCAGGAGGAAGGGCUAGUGAGCAUGAAGGCGGAAGGAGGAGCCACGAGGGAGCGGGGGUGGGGUCUAUAUGUGUACGAGGCUAAAGCGCUGGCAGGCUCCGCCCCAUGCAGGCCGUGCAGGAGAUACCGCGCAGGUUCCUGGGCAGGAAAAAAAAUCAAACCAGGGGCCGGCGGCCCUCCAGCCAAUCCGGAGCAGAGGAGCCCGCUUCGGCCAGCCAAUGGCCGCCGUGCAUGCUAAAGAGAGCCGCCGCCGCCAAGAAGGCUUCAUUCAAAAGUAGCUGCUAUUGUCUGCCGGUUACGUAUCUGGCCUGUCCCGCAGUGGGUCCACGCGGGGACUAAUCCCGGCGCCCAUGGCUCGGGCCGCGACGGCCGAGCGGGGCCGCUGGCCUCCCGCCGCGCCCGCGCCAGGCACCGAAGGCCUGCCGCGCGCCUUCUUGCAGAGCCUGCGCACGCUGUUCGACAUCCUGGACGACCGGCGGCGGGGCUACGUGCACCUGCGCGAGAUCGAGUCCCGCUGGCAGGGCGCCGACGCGCGCGAGCUGCCCCGCGGCGUGCUCGAGGGCCUGCGCCGUGCCGCCCCCGCCAGCGGUUAUCUCACCUUCGAGCGUUUCGUGGCCGGGCUGCGCACUUCAUUGCCUGGCGCCGACGACGGCCCGCGGGAUCCCGCGCGCUCCUCGGCCCGGCCGGGGGACUCGCGGAAACCCCUGCCUCCAGGCCCGCGCCCCGCGCCGCCUCAGAGUCCCGAGCCGCCCAGCGGCCCUGUGGAGGCGGCACCCUGCCCUGCAGAGUCCGCGCGGCCCCAGAGCGCGGCGCUGGAGAGGAGUCCGAGUGCGGAUGCGGGUGCUGUGGUCUGCGGGACCUUUGAGACGGGUGUAGGGGAUGCCCGGCGGGCCCCACGUGCACGAGGGGAGCGUCGGAGGCACACGAUCACCAAUGGCGUGGACUGUGGCCUGCUAAAGCAGGUGAAGGAGCUGGAGCAGGAGCAGGAGGUGCUGCUGCAGGGCCUAGAGAUGAUGGCACGUGGCCGGGACUGGUACCAGCAGCAGCUACAGCGGGUGCAGGAGCGCCAGCGCCACCUGGGUCAGAGCAGAGCAGGCGCUGACUUCGGGGCUGCUGGGAGCCCCCGCCCACUGGGCCAGCUGCUUCCCAAGGUACAGGAGGUGGCACAGUGCCUGGGUGAGCUGCUGGCUACAGCCUGUGCUGGCACGGGCACCAGCCUGGCCCCCACCUCGCCCUCGGCCCCCAACUGGCAACAGCAGACCAUCCUUAUGCUGAAGGAGCAGAACCGGCUCCUAACCCAGGAGGUGACUGAGAAGAGCGAGCGAAUCACACAGCUGGAGCAGGAGAAAUCGGCACUCAUCAAGCAGCUGUUCGAGGCCAGAGCGCUCAGCCAGCAGGAGGCAGGGCCCUUGGACUCCACCUUUAUCUAGCCUGAGGGAGAUGCCUCGACCUAGUGGGGUCCUGGAGGAGCCCGCCUUCCCUUGCAGCCUGGGCCUCUUGGCCUGGAUGCCAACUGAUUACAGCUUCAGGCUGUGACCCGGGUAGGGUAACAACCAGGGCUGCUCCUGCCUUGUCAGUAGAUAGUGGAGGACCCCUCCUAAACCUCUCAGAUCUCAAGCAUCCCUGGGAGGGAGGGCUUGUUUACCACUCUCCUAGCACCCCUGCUCUGACUCUGGGGUCCCUAGUCUCUAGAAGUGGCCACCCAGGCACUGUUUCCAAUAGUGACCAGCAGAGGGCAACAAGGGAACACUGGCCCUUGCCAGUGCCCUUGGGUCCAGGGACAGAUGCCUUUGCUCAACCAAGACCCUUUAGGCAGGGUGUCUGAAGCUCAGUGGGAGCAGACUGGAGCUUGGGGUGCCUUCUGGGAGGGGCACUUCAUAGCCUGUUAAAGGAGCCCAGGUGGGGAAGGUGGCCUAUAGGUGCUGAGGUGGGGUUAGCUUGUCUGCCUUCUGCGGACUCCAGGCCCUAAGAGGACAAAGCUUUGGGAUUUUUUUGUUUUCUUUCUUUCUUUCUUUCUUUCUUUCUUUCUUUCUUUCUUUCUUUCUUUCUUUCUUUUUUUCUUUCUUUCUUUUUUUUGGGGAUCGAACCCAAGGUGUUGCACUAAGUUACAUCCCAGUCCUUUCUAUUUUUGAGAUGGGAUCUUCUAAGUUGUCCAGGCUGGGUUGGACUGGAACUUGCAGUCCUGGCUGCAUGAGGGGAUUACAGAUGAGCACCACCACACCUGGCUUUUUUUUUUUUUUUUUUUUUUUUUUUGAGCCAGGAUCUUGCCCUGUAGUCCAGGCUGGCCUUCAAACUGGCUGUGGGGUUCAGGCAGUUCCCUGGCUCCGCCUCCUGAGUGCUGGGAUUACAGCACUGGCCACCAUGCCCAGGGCUCCCACACACACUCCUCUUGCAGGACCAGGAUUCCAGGGCUGGGGACCUGCUCCCUCCGUCCCAGGUCAAUGAGGGAAGGGAGCUGUGGGGCAUCGGAGGAGCUGAGGUGAGCCCUGGGGGAUGGGGCAGCAGAAGUACCUUGGGCCCUGUGGUCAGGGCCCCUGAUAGGCUCCAUCCACUUCCUGUUGUUCUCAGGUCUUCUCAGAUGAAGCCGGUAUUUCUAGGUAGUCACAGUGAUGUGCUCUAAUCAAAACCAAAGACCACAUCUUCCCAUAUGCUUUUAGUUUGCUUUUCUGUCAGGUCCAAAGGAAAGUUUCUCCUUGCUUAAUACAUUUUCCAAUUGUAUUUUUGCUUUCUGCUUUUGAAUUCCCAGAGUCACAUACCCUCCCCCUGUAUGCCAGGUCUGCUUCAGGCUGGCCCCUGCCUCUCCCUUUGUGGGACAGCAUCAGUGUCCCUCUGCCCAUCAGAUCUGGGGCCAUGUGCUGGUCCUUUAGGGUCCACAGAAACAGCCUCAACCCUUCCAGUACCUAGGGCUGUGUCCUCCAUGCGUCCCCUGCGGGGCAGACGCAGAUGCUGUGGAGUCAGGCCUCUGAAAACCCCACCCUGUGCCCACAGUGCCCCUUCUCAUCCCCUGCACCUCACCUGCCAGCUCUGUGCCAACAGUGGAGCCAUGUACACUCUGUGUAGUGCCUAAGGUGGCACACUUCCUCCUGAGGUAUGACAGAAAACAGGUCCACCCAGGGAGAUAUUCCCAAAACCUGCAGAUGACGCUGGGCCUUCAGCUGAAAGGUAGAUGACACACACUGGGGGAACAGCAAUGAGGAAAAUGUGUCACAGCUGGCGGUGCAAGCCUGUAAUCCCAGUGCUGUGGGAGGCUGAGGCAGGAGGAUUGUGAGUUCAAGGCAGCCUGGGCAACUUAGCAAAAUCCUGUGUCAAAUGUUUAAAAAUAAGAGCUGGUGAUUAUAGGUCACUGAAGGUGCUAGAUUCAAUCACUAGUGCCAUACAUACAAGUGUCCCCCAAAUGUGCACCUGGAGCCCCUGAGGGAGAAUCCAGCAUCCCAGCAGGAGGGCUCAGGUGGACCUUCUCAAAGGUUCUCUCGGACGCCCCAUCUGGGAGUAUCCAUCCCAGGGCUGUCAUUACUGGGGGAUGCAGGCAGCGCCCCUGAAUUUCACUCCUAGUGCUAGUCUGCAGCUCCCUCAAUAUGACAACCAGAAAUGCCUGGAAACUGGCUCUGUUGAGGGGCACUUACAGCUCUUGUGAUACCUGGCUUCACCACCCUCAAGGAUUCAGGGUGGAGCAAAGCCCAAAGCCAUGAGCAUCAAUCACAGGAAUAACAGGGUCUGCAGGUGUUAGGCCCACAAGUGGCUCCAGCACAUAGAAAUGGGUUUUUCUAUAGCUAAGGAAAUAAAGCAGGCUCUUGAAAAUAGGAGUAAGGAACAGUUAUCCUCUUGUUCCAUAGAGCAGUGGAACCCCAGAAGGGAUAAAGGCUGCCGAUCAAGUUAGAAGAAUCAAGUUGGACUAUUAGAAACAAAAAUAAUGUAAUUGCAAUGAAGAGUUAGAAAAUAGGGGCUGGGGAUUUAGCUCAGCGGCAUAAGCACCUUCCUUGCAAGUGUACAGUCGUGAGUUCGAUCCCUGGUACUGAUAAAAGUGAAAAAGACAAAGUUAGAAAAUGGAGUAAAUGUGAGACAGGGAAGUACAGCGCAGCUGAAGAGAGUGAGUUGAGAGAGGGCAGUGAGGAGAUUGUCCAUAGCACAGCCAGGGGCUGGGGGCAGCGGCUAGGGGGCAGGGCCGAGGCCAGGGAAGGAGGUGUGAUGCACGCAGCCUUGCUGGUGUGAAGGGUUUGGAAUUAGCCAGGGUCAGUGGAAGCACACUCCACGGAUUCCCGAUGACCAGAGAGAAGUACCACUGGGUUUGGUUGUGCCUGCUUGGACUUCCAGUGCUCUGGAAGGCCAAGACAGGAAGGUAGUAAAUUCCAGUCCAACCUGGCUGACUGAAUAACUUAGCAAUACCCCUCUUUAAAAUGUAAGGAAGUGCAAAAGGGCUGGAGCUAUGUCUCAGUGUAAAGGUCUUGGGUUCAAUCCUCAGGACCACAAAAGGGGAACACUUCAUUUCAUGAGACUGCAAAAUAAUUCACAGACAAAAAAAAGAAUUGUCUACAGAGAAACAACUGGCUACAGCCCAGGCAAUAUAAUUAUUAACCUCAAAGUCCAUACCCAGUGAAGUUAUUUUCAAAGAAUGAAGGCAAAAUACAAUAUUUGCCAAAAAAAAAAAAAAAAAUCAACAGUUUACUACCAAAAGAACUUCACAAAAGGAACCUGCAGAGGAGAUGGAAGGGAAAAGUGAGGACCAAAAAGGCAGGGUGGGUGCUGGGGAUACACUCAGUGGCACAGCACUUGCCUGGUAAGCUCGAGGUCCUGAGUUCAAUUCCCAAUAUCUCCCCACACCCCACAAAAAAGGCAGGUUGCUGGACAUGGUGACACCUGCCUGUAAGGCCAGCACUUGGGAGGCUGAGGCAGGAGGAUAGCGUCAGUUGAAGGCCAGCCUGGAGCUGUCUCAAAAAAAAAAAAAAAAAAGGGUAGCUAUCUCAACUUGUGGUCUAAUCAUCACACCUAGCGCUGCAUGCAGGGCAGCAGAUAGCUGUCUGCAGCCCCAGCAAGUUAGGAGUUUGUGAGCCCUUCCUGAGUGCUUUGAACUGGGAGUCAUGGGGUAACCUCAGGGCCACUCUCAUCCAGGCUGUCAGGUGGAGCCUCCGUUGCUUGCCUGUUGGGAGCUCCUGCAGCAGCUGCUGGAGCUGCAGUGGGGGAAGCCACCUCCCUUACGGCCAUGUCGCAAAGGCACUGCUGAAAUGUGCUGUGAAGAAGCCAGAGGCAAAGUCCAGCCCUUGAGGUGGGUGGAGCAGAGGCCUUGCCCUUUGGGGAAGAGGCCUCCAGUAAUCUGUGGUGGGAUCUUAAAACUGUGGGGAGAGCUAAGCAAACUAACGGUAGUGCCCGUUUGUGGGAGAAAAGCAGGAUGGAAAUCAAAUAUGAUCAGUAAUGGCCUAUGCCAGGCAGGAGUGGACAGGAGUGACAUCACCACCAGACAUUUAAGGUCUCUGGUCACCAGCCAGAGAAACAAAUCUACUACCUUUGACCUCAAGUCUGUUACAGUACCUGGAGGAACCGAGGAAAGCAACAGCUGCAAGUGUACGCCUCCCAAGGUGGGCAGGGGCAGUGGACAAAAAGAGGAAGAAGCUCACCCUGAAGAAGAAGAAGCAGUUUCAGAGCUGGGCGAGGUGGGGCACAUCUGUGGUUCCAACACUCACAGGUGGAGGAUUGCAAGUGUGAGCCCAGUCUGGAUUGUUAGUGACUUCGUGAGACCUACCGCAGAAUAAAAAAGGGCUGGAGGUGAGACUCAAGGCAGAGUCCCUGUGUUCAAUCCCAGUAUUGAAAAAAAAAGUCAGGACGCACAUAAUAAAGUGGCAGAAAUACACCACUGUUCACCAUUGUGCACAUAGACUCAAGAGUGAAAGGACAAAGUCCAGAUAGGUUUUUUUUUGUUUUGUUUUGUUUUUGUGUUUUUCUGAGGCAAGGUCUCACUACGCAGUUCAGGAUGGCCUUGAGCUCACUUUGUAGCCCAGGCUGGGCUCAAACUUGCAACAAUCCUCCUGCCUCAGCCUCCUGAGUGCUAGGAUCAUAGGUGUGCGCCACCACACCUGGUUCAGCCAGACUGGAUUUGUAGAUAUUCAGAUGAAGCUGUUUUAAGGGAUAUACCUGUGAACAAAACAGGCAGAUCUGGGGGCUGGGGAUUUAGCUCAGCAGCAUAAGCACCUGCUUUUCAAGCAGGUGGUCUUGAGUUCAAUCCCCAGUACCGAUCAAAACAAAACAAAAACCAGGCAGAUCUGGAAGUGAGCAAUACAGUGGAUUGUAACUCAGGUGAGUUCCCAAUAAUGGGAACGAGGCUGGCCUGGAGUUGGAAACACUUAGGGGGCCUUAGAAUACUGCACUUCUGCUGUUCCCAGAGAAGACCCAAAAUGGCAAACACAGGAGAGGUGCUGACAGGCCACACAGUGGCAGCUGUAGGCGGCAGCAGAGGCCUCUGGCUCCCCUCUGCUGGGGGGGACAGUGAGUUUCAGCAGCAGUGUGCAGGACCUGCACCCAGGCAGAGGUGCUAAGAGGUGGAGGAAAGGCAGAUCUGGGCCUGCAUGGGGACAAGAGGGGCUAAACACAUCGCGGUGGCAGCGGACCGGAGCGGCUCUGUGCUUGGAGAGUAAGGUGGCCUUGCUAGCUGGGGCAUCCUACACUCUCCAAGAAUUGGCUCUCCGUCCAGCAUCAAUUACUACACAGUCUGGGUGGCCAGGUGCUGGGGCUCUUGAGAGCCUGGGGCAAGCAAGAUGGCUGAGGUCACGUCAAGUGUGUCCCUGGUGCAGCUGCGCACAAGGAGGUGUGCUUUUAAGUCUCAGAUCAGCUCGAGUCUCGUUUACUUUUCUCUCAUUGCUGAGAAAAACACUCAACACCCAAAAUGAAGUAAGGAAAGGUUUAUUUAGCUUGCAGUUUGUGGAAGUUUCAGUUAAGACUCAGCUGGCUCUAAGGCAGGGUGGGCCAAGGCAGAGGGUGACAGCUCAUGGUGGUGGAAGACAGCAAAGCAACAAGAGCAAAAAGGAAGGAGCACAGAGAAGACUCUUCUGUCCCUUUCAGUGCGUGCAGGCCACACUGGCCCUAGGGUGAUGCAGGACUCACAGCCAGAAUCCAUAAUUGGACCAGGAAUCAAUCACAAGCCCUAGAAGCCUGUUCCCAUGACUCUAUGAGGCUUUGAGGGACAUCCAGACCCAAACCGUAGCGGCUGCCAUACAGGAGGCGCAUGGUACUCCUCUGCAGUGAGGUUUACUGGGUCACCCAGUUUCAGUGUUGCCAUGGAGACUUUAAGAGGUGGCAAUAUUCAAUCAGGUGACUCGGGUAAAGCGUAUCUCCUUCCUCUCCUUGCUGCUGAGGUCCACAGCAGGAAGGAGGCCAACCUUGGCAAGGCCUUUGGACCAAGGUUGCAACACCAAUGUAGCCUCACCCCUUCUGCUCCUAGGGUAGAUUGAGCCCCAGCUCCUGCCUGGCCCUGCACACCGACACCUCCUCCCCCACCUUGCUCGCUUUCUCUGGAAAACUGACUAAUCCAUCAUCUAACGGUGCUCCAGAGCAACGAGCUGUUUUCAUCCAGGAACAUGUACCUGGCAGUGUUCAUAGCAUUUCAUAUACUUUGUGCAAUAGGAAGCUGAUGACACUUCUCUCAGGAGUGACUGGCACAGAGCCUCCUCCUGGAAUAUUACUCAGUGGUGAAAAGCAGGGAUGACACUGUGUGUGGACUGCCAGGAAAUGCUGGGGAACAAAACCCAGUCUGAAGAAUGCAUAAUUACCAGAAAAUACAUAAUUACAAUCAACUGGUUAACACUGUAUAGCAUGCACGAACUUAUUUCUUUUUUCUUUUUUUAACAUGAACUUAUUUCUAACAGUCACAAAAUACACAGUUACAGAGGGGAGCUGACUGGGGGAGGCCAGGAUUUGGGAGUGGGAGAGGAAGAAUGAGUGGGUGGUAUACAGGGCCGCCAGUGACAGGAUUGUGAGUCUCAGUGGUGAUGGGAUUUAGACCCCUGUGGGGGUGGAGGGAGCUCUUGGUGAGGCCUCUGCCUACUGGUGGGCAGGCUGUGGCAGCUGUGCCCAUGCCGGCCACCCACAUGUGUGUGUGAUCAGCUCAAAACUUAAAGGUGGGGUAAAACACAUUUAUGUACACCAAACCUGUCAGAGCAGCAAGGAAAGAUGGACAAGUCCACCUGUGACUGAUAGGUGACAGGCUAGGCAGAGGACAGUGAAUGUGCACACUGUCCCCCCAGAGGCUUGGGGGAGCAGAAGAACCUUUCAAAGGCCAAGGGAGGCCAGGGCACUGGGAGACGCCCUAGGUGGGCAUCAGCCUCAGAAGAGGGGCCAGGAACAGGCUUCAGUGGAAACACAAGCAAAGUGUAUCUGAAGAGUGGCCCAGCUCCAAAAGCAGAGGCUGGAGGGGCGGCCUACAGCCUCCAACACAGCCUAGACUUCGGCUCAGAGCCCCUAAGUCAACUGUUAAACUCUAGGAAGUCACACAAGAAAAGGAAAGAAACCUUUUUCUCCAGUACUGGAGGUUGGACCCAGGCCCUUUACACUGAGCUACGUCCCCAGUUUUUUUUUUUUUUUUAAUUCUUUUUUAUUACUGUCUUGUUAAAUUGUCUGUGCUGAGCUCAAGCUGGCAGUCCUCCUAUGAGGCUCUUGAGUGCUGGGAUCACAGCACAUGAUGCCUCACCCAGGGAGAGCACUGUUUAAGUAGAUGUCUUGUAGCAGAUCCUUUCCUUUGUGCUGGGCAGCAGUCAAACAAAACAGAUUUGAAACUUGCUGUUUGUGGAUGUUCUGGGGAGAAAAGAAGGCUGAGGUGCAAAUGAGUGAAACAGAAGACGUGGAGAAAGCCAAACCCGUGGCAGGGAAGCCAAGGAGAUGCAGGAGCACCGGCUUGCUUCAUCUGGAAGAGGUGAAGUGUCCACACGUGACACAAGGAAUAAAAACAUGGACAGCGUCUGUGGUGUGUGGAGAAGAUAUUCCAGACCAAUUCAUGCUGAUCCACUUGGAACAGAUCAAUUCCUAAAAAAUGCAAAACUGACUCAGAAGAACCAGAAGGCUCAUCUGUCCUGUACGACCCAGGACAGGAAGUCCUGGUUAAAGGGAGCAAGAUGCCAGGCCUGAUGUUUUCCAGGCAAAAUGUGCUGCAUACUCGAGCAGCCGGUGCCCAAACGCUAGGCAUGAUCUCCAGAGUGGCACUGGUGCAGCUGGCUGAACCUGACAUCAGAGGCAGGGGAGGAAAGAUGCUGUCUCACUCCACAAAGUGUAAAGUGAGACAGCUCCUCACGAUGGCGCAGGCUAACGCCGGGCACACAGGGAGUGUGGCAUUUUAAAAUACACUUCAAUGAGUUAUACCAAUGGAUCAAAAUUAAAAAUGUGUGAAGCUGCUCAGGUAUGCAGAAAAAGCAUUCUGUGAAACUCAGUAUCUGGAGUAUUAUUCAGUGGUAAAAAGAAAUGGGCCAUCCUGUCACAAGAAGAGGGAGAAGCCAGGCCUGGUGGCACAGUCCUGUAAUCCCAUCACUCCGGAGGCUGAGGCGGGAGGAUUGCUGCAAGUUUGAGACCUUCAUGGGCUACAGAAUGAGCUCAAGGCCAGUCUGGACUGCAUAGCGAAACCCUGUCUCAAAAAGAGUUAAAAAAAAAAAAACAAGAAGAGGGAGAGGAAACAAACAGGGAUGACUAAGUGGAAGUCAGGGGCAUAAACAGGCCACAAACCCUGACCUCCACUCUGCUGUCUGGGAGGAGCUAGCUGGGGACAUAAGUGGCUGUCGGGCUGCUGGGGACAGAGGGGCAGCUCAAGUCUGUAGCUGCGACAAGAGGAGCUCCAUUGUUUAUGGGGCACUGUGCAGAACACAGGUCAGCAAGGGUGAGCUGUCACUGUGGGCUCGGGGGUCACCAACUGGCAGCACCCCGCCAUGGUGAGCGCAGUGGGGGGCAUGGGAGACUCUUGCCCUCUGCUCUGUUUUGCUGUGAACUUGAAUUUGUUGGAAAAUUAAACUCUUUAUGUUAA